AUGCAGGCAAUGCCAGAUUCGCGCCAACAGAGCUUCGAGGAGAUAUAUGGCCCUCCAGAGAACUUCCUGGAGAUUGAGGUCCGCAAUCCCAAAACUCAUGGCAUGGGCCGUAAUAUGUACACAGACUACGAGAUCCUCUGCCGAACCAACAUCCCCGCCUUCAAGCUUCGACAUAGCAGUGUACGCCGCCGGUACUCAGACUUCGAAUACUUCCGCGAUAUUCUUGAGCGCGAGAGCGCUCGCGUGACCAUCCCACCGCUACCCGGGAAGGUCUUUACAAACCGCUUUAGUGAUGAUGUUAUUGAGCACCGGAGGGAGGGUUUACAGAGGUUCCUGCAGAUAGUUGUUGGGCACCCGCUGCUGCAGACUGGGAGUAAAGUUCUAGCGGGGUUUGUGCAGGAUCCAAAUUGGGACCGCAACGCCUGGUGA